AUGACGGCCACAAACAUCAAGCUGUCGACCGAGAUUGAUGAGAUGCAAAUACCUGUUCCAGUUUCGUCGAUGAAGCAUUUCAGGCAAGCACAGUUAACAAGAUUCCAGCAUUUACCGAGGAAUUCGUCACCACUAGCCACAUUUCAGAAUUCAUAUUCAUUUGACGGCCAGCCAAUGGACGAGUCACGAUCCACGUCGGAGGAAACUGGUGCCUCCACCCUAGAGGAGGACGAUGGAAGGGUGGUUGACAAGAGUGAGCAUGAGAAAGCUGAGGGAAAUGGUGUAUUAGUUGAUAUGAUUCCACUAUUUGUCCAUGGAGAACACGUACUGAUUUUCAAUAGUCGGCACAUGAAGGAGUUGACCAUCAGGCAUGGGAUCACUGGGCAGUUGGCAGGCACUUUGCCCUUGGCGCCGCAACAGAAUGCGUUAUUGGGGUUCCCCUGGAGGCUUACUAUCUACGAGGUGAUGUGGUUACUGGAGAACAAGCACUGCGUAUUGAUUGACUCUGAAGAUACGAUUGAGAAUGUGUUUGUUGGUCAAUGGUUGGGCGAUGCGACGCUACAGGAGAAACUGAGUUCACACUUGCAGGUUAAGUUGGACAAAUGGAGAGAGGAGAAACAAAAGGAGAUUGAGGAACAAAUGAAGAAGUUGAACAUCAUCAAGAAAGACCACCGGGCCAUGAAGCCUUUAGACAAUGCGAUGUUGGCAAGCAGUGCAAGUAUGCCUGAUCUGCAGCAAGUCCUUAAUGAUGAUCAACGAAAGAGGGAUGAGCUGGCAGAGAGGAAGAGGAAAGAUAGGGAAAUGCAUGACAAGAGUAAACGCAACAAUAUUGUCUUUAUGGAGACGCCAAACGAUGACCUCAAGUUUAUGGAGGUGCAUAUCAAGGACAAAUCUGCUUGUUUGCUACAGAAAAUGAUCGACAACGAAGUUGAAGAUGUGAAUCAAAUAUGGCGGAACUAUCAAAUUUACAAGUACCUCAAAGACAACUUGGGUUACUACCUUCUCCCCGGCAUGAGGUUUGGUGGCACCUUUGUAUCGUAUCCUGGAGAUCCACUGCGAUACCACGCACAUCAAAUUGUGGAUACCAAACAUUACUACAAUGACGACAUUGGCCUAUUCAGAAUGUCCAAUAGGGGCCGGCUAGCGACAGGAGUACGUAAAGUCUGGGUGGUUGGAGGAGAUCGCAAUGUCGAUCCCGCUCAAAAUUCCAAAAUCAACAUCACCGAUACCAUCAUACAUGGUGAAGUGCCGUUUACAGACUCUGAUAUGGUAUGUUUCAGUAUCGAAUGGGCUGGAUUCUGA